AUGUCAGGAGUUGCAGCACUUCAGAAAGACAGAAACUAUAUUGCUGUUAUCGGUGAUGAGGAUUCUGUAACAGGUCUCUUGUUAGCUGGUAUUGGACAUGUAAACCAACAACAAAAGAGAAACUUCUUGGUAGUUGACGUUAAAACUCCAUUGUCAAGUAUUGAGGAAACUUUCAUUGAAUACACCAAGCGUAAAGAUAUUGCCAUCAUCUUGAUUAAUCAACAUAUUGCUGAAGAUAUUAGAGAGUUAGUUGAUGGUCAUAGUGCAGCUUUCCCUGCUAUUCUCGAGAUACCCUCCAAAGAUCAUCCUUAUGAUCCCGAGAAGGAUAGUGUCCUUAAACGUGUCAGAAGAUUGUUUGGAGAGUAA